GUCUUUAGCCUAGAGCACACUCGCGCCUCCUAUUUGCUGGCUGGUGGAAUGAGAGUGGGGACCUGCGCACAGGUGGCUGUCUCCUGGGGGCACGCAGACUCCCACUACCACCUCCCAGAAGCCGGCACCCACCAUGGCUCAGAACUUCCCGUCUCCUGGUCCCCUCCAGGACGGCUGCCUGGGACUGUCUGGUCAGAGCACACCUGAGGCUGCACUUGGCUGGGAGCAACGGAGGUGCACCUGCAGACGCAGCAGCAGGUGAAGCUGCGCAUGACGGGCCUGGCGCUGCGGGUAGUGCGCUCCGACGGCCUGCUGGCGCUCUACAACGGCCUCAGCGCCUCCCUGUGCCGACAGAUGACCUACUCCCUGACUCGGUUCGCCAUCUAUGAGACCGUGCGGGACCACGUGACCAAGGGCAGCGAGGGGCCCCUGCCCUUCCACAAGAAGGUGUUGCUGGGCGCCAUCAGCGGUUGCAUUGGCGGCUUCGUGGGGACGCCCGCGGAUAUGGUCAAUGUCAGGAUGCAGAACGACGUGAAGCUGCCCCCGAGUCAGCGUCGCAACUAUGCCCACGCCGUGGAUGGCUUGUACCGCGUGGCCCGGGAAGAGGGUCUGAAGAAGCUGUUCUCGGGCGCCAGCAUGGCAUCCAGCCGAGGGUUGCUUGUCACCGUGGGCCAGCUGUCCUGCUACGAUCAGGCCAAGCAGCUGGUGCUCAGCACCGGGCACCUGCCUGACGGCGUCCUCACUCACCUGGUCGCCAGCUCCAUCGCGGGUGGGUGUGCCACGAUCCUGUGCCAGCCCCUGGAUGUCCUGAAGACGCGUCUCAUGAACUCCAAGGGCGAGUACCAGGGUGUUCUCCACUGCGCAGUAGAGACAGCAAAGCUGGGGCCGCUGGCCUUUUACAAGGGCCUCCUGCCUGCAGGAAUCCGCCUCAUGCCGCACACGGUGCUGACGUUUGUGUUCCUGGAGCAGCUCCGCAAGCACUUCGGUGUCAAAGUGCUUUCCUGAUGGGCCGGGGCCCUGGCGACCCCGCACCCAGGAGGGUUGGUGGGCUGAGCGCUGCCCGGGUGCCCAGGCCUCCGUCCUCUGAGGCCCCCCACCCUGGCC